AUGGAUCCAUCUAAGACCCUCAAUCAUCUUCACUUUUUUCUACCAACAUUUGUACUAUGUUAUUGCAUGAUCUUACAAUCUGUAUACACAUCCAAUUUAGACUAUAAGCAAUUAGUCUACAAUCACUGCGCAAACCAGACAUCAGAGGAUCAUACCACUGUAUCUCUGUCGUCCAUUCUGCCAGCUCUUUUUCAAGAACUUUUGGAGCAUUCCACAAAAUCCAAGUUCUUUGAAACCAAUGCCGGUAACGAUAAGGUGGCUGUAUCAGGCCUCUUUCAGUGCAGAGGUGAUUUGAGUAACAAAGAUUGUUACAGCUGCGUCAACAAACUUCCUGAAGUAUCAAACAAAUUGUGCAGUCAGAGUUUACCUGCCCGAGUUCAGCUAUCUGGUUGUAGUAUACACUAUCGGGCUGAUGGAGUUCAAACUUCGGGACUGCAGUUGCUCCAUAAGUCCUGCAGUGGCCAAACAGGGUCUAUUGGAUUCCCUGAGAGGAGGGAUGCUGCAUUUGCAGCUGUCCAAGAGUGUAUUAUGAGCGGUCAGGGAUUUUGUGAAGAGACCUGUGAAUCAAUACAUGUAAUGGCACAGUGCGAUGGGAAUCUAGGUGCGUGUGAUUGUGGUGAAUGUGUUAACACCGCAGUGGAGAUUGCUCAGGAAACGUGCGGGUACUCAGUUUCUGGAGAAAUUUAUCUGGACGGUUGUUUUGUUAGCUACAAAUAUCAAGGGAAUGAGUUUAAUGGUGACUGGAACGAAGAUAAGGGAUCAUUUGGACGCAGUUCAAAUAAAUUAAUAGCAAUUGUUAUUGGCGGAAUAGCUGUGGUGUUGACAGGAGCGGGCCUCUGCUAUUUCUGCCGAUCAUGGGGGCGAAAAAAGGACGACUUCAAUUGGUUCAUGGCUAAGGCAAAGACUGAGAUCAACCUCUUGAUUGUCAAAAUUCAAGAAGUACCUUGUACAACUAUUAUUCUGUUUGGCGGUAAAGCACUGCAGCUUAAUACAUUAAUCUUGCUUUAA